AUGUCUAAAGUAGUUGAAGAUGAGAAGACUGGGGCUGAUUUACUUGCAGACAGCACAGACUCGGAGAGGAACAGUCCUGAGGCCAAUGAUCAGCCAAUGACAGCAACUCCAUUCUGCCUCUCUCCAACCCCAAGCCACACUAAGGUUAAAGCCGAAGAAACAGCUGAAAUGCUCAUUUCCCAUGCACCACCUCUUCCACCUCCUGUUCAGCCUCCUCUUCCACACACACAGCUCAUGCUGGCCGGUAGUCAGCUUGCAGGGCUGGCAGCUCUGCUUCCAGCACAGCAACAGCUUUUGCUUCAGCAGGCUCAAGCGCAGCUCCUGGCUGCUGCCAUGCAGCAAUCCAAUGCGGCUCAUGCUGCCCAUGCAGCAGCUGCCGCCGCCAACCAGCAACAGAGUCAGCAGCAGCAAGCCAGUCAGGCUUCAGCACUGGUCCAGCAGCAAACAAAAGUCGAGCAAAGUCCAGCACAAGCCCUGCCAUCGCUUGCCCUAUCACAGCCUAUUCAGCUCACUGCCCAGGAUAUUCAGCAGCUGUUGCAGCUGCAGCAAUUAGUGCUCAUGCCAAGUCAUCCUCUGCAGUCCCCUGCCCAGUUCCUCUUACCCCAGGCAACCGCCCAGCAAAGCCAGCAAGGUCUCCUUUCAACACCAAAUUUGAUUUCACUACCUCAGCAAAGUCCAGGGGCUCUCCUUACCACGCCUCCUAGACUGGGCAUGCAACCUCAGAGGGAGAAAGGCGGGGAUAGCAGCAUGACCUCCACGACUUCAGUGUCUACACCAAUGAGCUCGGCUGCCUCCGUGACCCCACACGCUGAGGAGCCCAGCGACCUGGAGGAGCUAGAGCAAUUUGCUCGCACGUUUAAACAGAGGCGUAUUAAACUGGGCUUUACACAGGGUGAUGUGGGAAUGGCAAUGGGAAAGCUUUAUGGCAAUGACUUUAGUCAGACCACAAUCUCUCGCUUUGAGGCACUCAACCUUAGCUUCAAAAACAUGUGCAAGCUUAAACCCCUGCUGGAGAAAUGGUUGGGUGAUGCAGAAACCAUGGCAAUAGACAACAUGCUACCAAGCCCCAGCUCACUGUCUUCUCCGUUGCUGGGCUUUGAGGGAUUGCCUGGACGUCGCAGAAAGAAACGCACCAGCAUUGAGACAAACGUCCGUGUGGCCCUGGAGCGCAACUUCAUCACAAACCAGAAGCCUACCUCGGAGGGGAUUCUUCUAAUGGCAGAGCAGCUCAAUAUGGAGAAGGAGGUGAUCCGUGUGUGGUUCUGCAACCGCCGGCAGAAAGAAAAACGCAUCAACCCCUCGAGUACCACCCCUCCCCUGCCCAGUCAGCCCCCCCCUGCGACGCACAAACCCCCCUGCUACAGUCCACACAUGAUAUCCAGUCAGGGACUAGUUCAUGCUACCACAAGCCUCAAUGUUACAGCUGUUAGUUCCACCCCAUCUGUGGCCUGCUCUCUUAAUCCUAUAGGACAUGCAGUAAUGAGCUCUGUGCCCCCACCUGCGACUCCUCCUCAUGUUAGCACAUCAAGCCCCACCCCACCCAGUUUGGGAAGCCCUGGACUUAACACCGGGAACACAAUGAUGGGUGUGGGCACAGGCAUGAACCAGUCUCUCAUCGGCAGCCACCCACUGGCAACAAUGCAAGCUCUGGCUGCCAGUGGUGGACAGAUGCCUAUAUCUGCCAUAGACGGCAGCGGUCAGAUGUUCCUGGGUGGAGCUGCAGCUUCCGGGAUGGGACUGCACCCAUCCCUUUUCCUUAACCACCCCUCCUUGUUUUCUAUGGCUGCAGGCGCCAGCAUGGGAAUGGUCAACAUUGCCCAUAUAUCUCCACCUCCAGGUGCCAGCCGCAUGAGCCCAGACUCAUGUUCUCCCUCUCCAUGCUCAAGCCCUGCCUCCUUCUGCUCUUUCAGCGAGGCCUCACCGCCACCUUUAGGAGGAGCUAUGGCCGAGUGA